AUGCGGAAAACCGUGAAAGACAUUGAGGGCAUGUCCAAGGCUGUGAAGAGAGCGAGAGAAGUCUUUGAAGCGAAACGAAAGGAAUUGGAGAAUGUUGGAGCUGGCAAAGGUGCUUCUGGUGGCCUGCUGGGUCGCACGAACUUUGCCAAGUGCAUUGGCUCCUCAGAUCCUCCUGUCCUGCAGUCGUUCAAGCAACUCUGUGUCCUGCGACCGAUGAAUGUCGUUCAGAAGACCAACAAUGAGGUUGCGAGUUUGAACCACGCUGUGAUCAUCCGGCGCGGCCGCAACACAUUCGCAAACAUCACAAAGGACUAUCCGGAGAAGAUCCAGAAUGCCAUGAACGAGUUCAAAAACAAGAUGCCGCAGAGUUUAGAAUCUCGCUGUGCGUGCCUUGGCAUGAAAAUUGCAAUGAAUGGGGCUGGCUAG